UAGCAUUUAAGCAUUGUUCAUAUAUAACAUACAAGUUCGUUACAAUAUUAAAUCAUUUUCGAAACGAGCGCGACCUUAAAUGUGUCGACUGAAUUAAUAGGAAGCAAUUAAAAUUGUUGCAUAUGUGAUUCAGUGAUUAGUAUUUCUAUUGUCGAUUGACACUGCUGUUCAUUUCAAUGUUGUGCAAGAUGGAAUUUAAACGGUCGUUACUUUUCGUCAUUUUCGUGGCGAUACAACAAUUUCAACCCAUCGAUUCGGCCAGAAUUCUGGGAUUUUUUUCCACACCUAGUAGAUCGCAUUUAAUUAUUCAUGAAUCGUUGAUGAGAGAAUUGGCCAGUCGAGGUCAUGAUGUAACGGUCAUCACGACAUUCAAGCAAAUUGGAAAGCCAAUUCCAAACUAUCGAUACAUUGAAGUGACAGUACCUGAAGAUCCUGAAUUCAAAAAAGCUCAAGAACAUAUGUUAAAAGGUGCAGAGAAGGGAGAACAUUUCCUAAAACAUUUUUCCACAUUGGUGAAAGCAACAACUGGACAAACAUCAAAGAUUUUAAAGAGUACUGCAAUGGACGAAAUAAAGAAGGAAAAGUUUGAUUUAGUCGUGUUCGGUCAAUUUAUAAACGAUUUUCAAAUUGGAUUGGCACAUCAUUUCAACUGUCCGUCGGUGAUCAUCACUGUGUUUCCUGCUGUGAAAUCAGUUCGAGAUUUUGUUGGAAAUCCGGAUGAGUUUUCAUCGGUGCCACACUUAUUUAUAGGGGCCAAUGACAGAAUGACAUUUACACAACGUUUUCUCAAUGUCUUGAUUUCUGGAAUGGAAAUGGCACUUUCUUCGGGCAUGGAAUAUUUCCUAAUGGAGCCGCUGUAUCGGGAACAUUUUCCGUUGGAGACAUUCCCUUCGUAUUGGGACAUGAGGAAAAAUGUGUCACUGAUUCUAGUCAAUCAACAUUUCAGCCAAGGAACUCCGCAGGCAUUAGUGCCGGCUCUUCAAGAAUUCAGUGGCAUGCACAUCAAACGAAAACCAGAUCCUUUACCCGAGAAUAUCCAACAAUGGUUAGAUAGUGCAACUGAUGGAGUGAUUUAUUUCAGUAUGGGCUCCAAUACAAAGAGCUCGGAUCUGUCGCUCGAUAAACGUCAAGCAAUCCUACGCACAUUCGCAACAUUAAAACAAAAAGUAUUAUGGAAGUUCGAGGACGAUCUACCCGACAAACCCAAAAACGUUAUGAUUAGCAAGUGGUUACCGCAAGAUGAUGUGUUAGCCCAUGCGAAUGUCGUGCUUUUUAUUUCUCAUUGUGGUAAAGGUGGACUCAGCGAGGCAAAGUACCACGGUGUACCAGUUCUCGGAAUACCAAUUUUGGCCGACCAGCCGUCUAAUUUAAAAAUUGCCGUCAAAGAGGGCUGGGCAGUUGGCCUACAAUAUGCCGAUUUGAAUGAGAAAACAUUUUCGGAUGCACUUCAUGAAGCGUUAAGCAACCGAACGUACGGUGACGUAGUCAGGAGACACUCAUUGAAAUUCAGAGACAGACCACAGCAUCCAUUAGACAAUGCUGCGUUUUGGGUGGAAUAUGUUAUUAGGCAUCAUGGUGCUAAGCAUUUACAAAGUCCAGGCGCUCACUUAAACUUUUUCCAGUUUUAUUCGUUGGAUGUGUUUGCUGCUUUGUUACUCAUUUUUUACAUAACUGUAAAAGUGAGUAAAUGUUUUUUGAAAUUUCUGUACCGAAAGAUAUGUGGUGGAUCAUCGAGCGACUCAAAAACAAAGCCAAAUAGUAAAAAUGAUAAAAAGAGACAAUAAAAAAAAUUGUGAAAUUUGCAGAGAGA